AUGUCAACUACAUAUAAAUCACCAAGAAAAAAACUUCCUUCUGGAGUAAAAACAACCAGUGAAAUAAUUCUUGACAUUACAUCAGGUUUAUCAAGAACAUUAUUAAAUAUAGAUUCACUGUAUAAAGAUUUUAUGCAACCUGAAAGUAUAGGUUAUUUUUCUGAGAAACAUAAUUUUCUCAAUCAAUUUAUAGUAAAAUUAGGAUGGUUUUGGACUUUAUCAUUAACGAUACCUUUUGUUUAUAUUAUUUCUCAUACAAAUCAUAGUGGUAAUUAUCAAUUUAUUAUAAAAGAUUUAUUUGGUCUAAUAUUUGCAACAAUUUCAUGGUAUAUUUGUACUGAAUAUUUUAUUUGGCAUGAAAAACAAACUGGAAUAUGUAAAAUUGAAAAUAAUUUUAAAAAAUCUAUUGGUCGAGAGAUUUGUCAUACUUCUGGUGGAAUUUGGAUUAAUGGAUUUGAUAUUUCAGGACAUUGUUUUUUGAUGAUUUAUUCAAGUUUGAUAUUAAGUGAAGAAGGUAAAAGAUAUAAAUGGUGGUUACGUACAGAAACUAGGGAUAAAAAAAAGAUAACUCAAAUAUUAUUUAGUUUAAUGGGAUUAUUAGAUUUAAUAUGGAUAUUUCAAUUAAUUAUAACCUCAUUAUAUUAUCAUACAACAUCACACAAAUUUUUUGGAGCACUUUUUGGUGUUGGAUGUUGGUUUUUAACUCAUGGUAUGUCUCAUUUUGGAAGAAUUCUAAAAGGUAUCAAUAAAAUGAUUGAUUAUAAUCCAAGAAGAGUCAAAAGUAAUAAUGAAAAGAAUAGAAAAACCAGAUGA